AUGUCGAGUGGUGUGAAUACUGGAGCGACAAAUGAGGACCCUCUGGGGAUCGAUAAGUUAAGUGUGGAUUAUGAUUACUUGCUUUACAAGAUUAAUGACUAUGUGACAAGCAUUCAGAUGGAAACCAUAGCGAUAUGUAAACGUCAUAACGAAUUGAUUACAGAUGGCAUUGUGGAGGGGGUGAUUGAGAAGAAUAUUCAGGGAUUCGAUGAGAUUUUGAAAAAAUGCCAAGAAUUAGAGAACCAUUUCGAUAUGAUGGAUCAGAUUGCACAAAUCUCGGAGAGUUUCAAAUUCAGAUUAAAACAUAUCAUUCAGGAUUACAAAUGUCUAAAAGGUUGA